UGAGAAGCCAGUCUCUUUGCUAGGUAGGUAAUGUUAAUCUGUGGUUAUAUGCUUUGUUAGCUCAGACGGUAAACCCACUAAUUUACUCGAGCCCACCCCCCUCUCCAAGCUGGCUACUUCUGAGCUGUGGCCGACUACUUUACAACUUGGGGAAUCACUGAUAUAGCGAAGUGCAGCCAUAUGAUGUCGUUUGCAAAGGUUAAUCGCUUCAGCCGCAGUUCAGGAAGGCGGCCUACCCAGUCCAGGAAGGUGAAUGCACCAAAGCAGGAUUGGGUGAGCACCGUCCAUGACCUGAAUGUGCACAAGGCCACACCAGAGGAACUGAAACGGCGGCAUGACCUGCAUAAAUCUCAGAACAGAGUAGCAGCUCAGCAGGAGAUGAAGGAGCGCAUCCUAAGGCAGAAAUUAAGGAAGUCCAUCAGCCCUGCCCAGUUGGACCCUGCCCACCUCAACAUCAUCAGAGAGGUGCUCUCAGAUCAGUUCCAGUUGCAGGAUGUUCUCUCCCGAUCUGAUCGCAGCUUAGCGGUGGUGAAGGACCUGUUUGGUGAUGCUCCACGCAGACAAACAGGGUUCCCCAAUUUGACUGUGGCACCUGGUUCUGGACCUGACCCACACCUCCCAGUGCUGUUGAGACCUGACCUUACAACCCCACUCUCUCUUCUGAGCCAGUCUGUAAUGGAUUCACAGGCUCUGAAUGAAUUUCAAGAUGUUGGUGCAAGAGAAUACAGUGAAGAAGAACCUGAUCCUCCAUCCUCCAUCACUCACAGCCGCAGCGUGGACAUGAGCAGGUGCAGGCAGUUGCUGCAGAAGGAGGGUCCAGGUGCAAAAAGGGAACCAUCCCGACCUACCAGCCCCCAGCCCCCCUGUGCUCCGGAGGAACAAGCGGCACUGAAUGCCACAGGGGCCGUGAGGUGUGUGUGGUCCAGGCAGUCUCAGAGUGGAGGACAGCCACUAUCCACUCAAGUUGACCAGGCUGCCCCGGCUACAUCAGGUUCUGCUAGGAAGAGUGGGUCAUCGAACAACAGCAAGCAGAGCUGUGGGGAACCUCUGGGACAUGACAGCCUGACUGAGAACCGAUCCAGCUUGAAUCUGCUCCAGUGUAUGCUGGGAGAGGUGGAGGCAGAACUGGACUCUCUGGAGUUGCAGGAGCCCUUUGGCUCUGUUACUACAAAGCACAGUCCUCUAAAUCUCACCAGCUUCUCUGUGUCAUUUUUGCGUACUGUGACCCGCCUAGCACGCUGCCUCCGCCAGAGCAGAGAGGAGUUACAGAGGGAGGUGCAGGACAGGACGAAGUUGGUGGAUGAGGUCAUGGAGCAGAGGCGUCUCAUUGACGCCCUCACGGCUGAGACCCUAACCCUGCGGGAGGAGAGCCUUGCCAUACAGCUACAGUGCAGCCAAGCAGACCACUUCAAACACCAUUGUGUUCUGCUUGAACCCCUGGAGGAUUUCACUGCUACUGAAAGUUGUGAUGGUGAUGGUGAUGUUGGUGGAGGUGGUGAUGAUCAUGAUGGUGGUGCUAUUUCAAAGGGCCCAGUGCAGCACUGUGUGUGGGACACUGAACAGGGACUGAGAGUCGGGGCAUGUACCAACAGCACUGCCCCAUACUGUGUGGAGUCAGGAGCAGAGACCCAUUAUGGUGAUGGGAACACGCAGGAACAGAUCCUGCCCCCUCCAGCCCAUAGAGACCACCUGUCCCCUGCAUUGCUGCUGUCACCUCCCCACCAGAGAAACAGCCCACAUCCCCACUCCCACCACUCUACUGCAGAGCAAGGUAUGUCCCUGCAGUGGCAUGCAGUCCACAGUCAAGAGCAUGUCUGCAUUGACCAGCUGCAGGUUCCGCCCCAAGCCUCCAUAUUGCAGCAGAUCGCUGAGCUAACUCAGCAAAAUGGUCUGAUCCGAGCACAGCUGUUCUGCACACAGUCAGCAGGGUCCCAGGAUCCUGGCCCUCAUAGACCACCUAAUAGAGCAGCACAGUUGCACGAGAAGGCGCUCCCUGCUGGUCCCUGCAUGGAACAGCGCCUUUUGGAACUGAACAGGCAGAGUACAGAAGCACGGGGCAGGCUACUGGAGCUCAUUGAGCAGCAGACACAAACAUCUGUGAGCGCAGUCUCGCCCUCAGUCUCGCCCUCCAUCUCGCCAAUCCCAUCCAACAUGCGCACACUUCUUACUACUUCUGCAGAUGGUGAGAGGAGCACCACUCAGUGCCUAAGCCACACUUUUUCCCCAUUGCCAGCAGCUGUGGGUGCAGGUGGACAUGUUCAAGGAUGAAGGAUGGUUCAUCUUGUCCACACAUGGACAAUGACCUGCUGCCACUCUACCGCUCUCCCAACAGAUGCUGAUUCAACAGAGAAUCUGAGAUUUUUUAUUUUUAACACUUAUAAAUGUUUUAUCGUGUACACAGGGGUGUUUGUAUUUAUCUGAAUUAAACCAUGAAAGGUUUCUGAGAUCUUGGUAAUUACCACUUGCAAUUUGCACACAAGCUCUUGCAUGCCUCAGCUGUUCAAGCAGCUGCAUUAUGUUUCAGAGAGCUCUUUCUAUGCAUCACUACCCCUAAGAUGAUUCUGGCCAUUGCAGGCUAUGGUGUGAUUGCAUUUUUCUUAGCUCAUUGCUAUCUAAUAUGAUACGAGUAGUUAGGAUGAUUUAAAAAUGAAAUAUAAAAAUAAAUAAGCUUUAGCGUAUCAUAUUAUAUUUUCUUUGCAACCUUGAGUCUGGCAAAAUUAGUAGCUUGCUACCACAGUCUGCUGACCUGUAUGAAUGGGAGUGGUGCACACUGACACAGGUUACUAUUUCCCUGCUGUGUUGUUUGUCUGGCUAUCUUCUUUUGGUUUAAAUAGAAAUACCUCCAUGGACAGAGCAGUUGCCUGUAUCAUGAAGUAGUUUUACUGGGUUAGCUGAAUAACUGCACUGAGAAACUUGGAACCCUCUUAAAUCUGGAACGCAGACUGAUAUCUGAAACUGUGAGCUGUCUCUGUGUUUAGCCUACUCGGUGCAGUUAUUAAUCUAAUACUGUAAUCCUGAUUUCUGAAACUGGCCCCUGAAUGUUUGUUUUUAUAUCAUAACCAGGGACAAGUACGCUGAAUACCCUAGAGGGAAGUACGGUUCAAACUGCUAGAUUGAUCACAGAGAUAAAAACUUGAACCCUUGUAGAAUAACGAAGACAAUGUUUUUGAACAAGAGUACUCGUUUCAAAAAAUGAACUGGGAGUGGUUUGCCACAUGUAUGUAUGGCUGAGCAAGACUAAACGUUUACUUAUUCAUCAUCCGCUCAUCAUCCACUCAUGGGAGGUAUGAAACAUAUGUGGAGGAUAGCCUAGCAGAGAAACACUUUAGUAUUUUUUAAAUUAAAGAAUGUCCCCUUAAAAUGUAUUAUUUUAAGACUAAAGUAAGAAAAUAUAAGCUACUUGGCCAAGCAUAGCAGCCAAAAUUUAACAUUAAAAAAUACCAACAUAAUACAACAUUUCAUUAAAACACAGUCAUGAGUGAAAAUGUAAAUCUGUUUCAAAUGCUGUUUUGGCGCAUUUCAAAAUAACAAGGUGAAGAUUAGGGUGGUUUUGAAAUUGAAAAGCAGGAUAAUCUUGAUCCCACUAAAAGGGUGGAUUCAGG